AUGUCUGCCGGUCCGUCUCUGACAGGUUCGAAAGUGGCCGAUGGUCUUCUACUGAUCCUUGUCGUCGCUUACAUCUCUUCUUGGCUGAGAUCGUGGUACCAGCUUAGCCAUAUCCCGGGGCCUCGAGGCUGGGGAUGGAGCAUCUUCCCUUGGCUCAAACUGCACACUCGAACCGAUCUUUUUGAUCAGUUCUGUGAUCUGACUGACAAGUACGGGCCCCUCGUGCGCGUCGGCCCUCAAACCCUCAUUUGCUCCGAUCCAGAUGUUAUGAGACGUCUUUCCGCGCCGCGCUCGCCCUACGUGCGUGGAGAUUGGUACUAUGCCAUGCGGCUGAACCCAGGUCAAGACAAUAUCUUUUCCACCCUCAACGAGGCUCGACAUGAAGAACUCCGUCGAAAGAUGGCGGCCGGGUAUUCUGGCAAGGAGAACACGUCGCUCGAACAGGAUGUGAACGCUGCCCUCCUGGAGUUGAUUGACCUUGUCAACAGGAAGUAUAUUAGCACGGAUGGGAUUAUCAAACCUAUGGACUUGGCCCGCAAAGUUGCCUUCUUCACUAGCGAUGUCAUGAGCAAGGUCGCCUUCGAUGCCAAAUUCCACGAUCUACGUGACGAUGAGGACAAUUUUGGCUACAUCGAGGAGCUGGAGGCCCUCUUCCCCAACAUCACCUGGACAGCCACCGUGCCGGGGUUCCUGAAGUUCAUGACGAAUCUUGGCCUCUUACAAAAGCUGGCCGCAGCUGGAGACGGUAAUAUGGGUGUGGCCAAGGUCAAAGCGAUUGCAUUUGAGCAGGUAGGCAAGCGGUUUGGUCCCGACGGGAAGCCCAACCAAGAUAAAGAGGACAUGUUGGGAAGCUUCAUUCGGCAUGGGCUCGCCCAGGAGGAAGCAAAGCAGGAGAGUGUCCUCAAUUUAACCGCUGGUUCUGACACCACGGCAACAGCAAUCCGAGCAACCCUUUUGUGUAUCAUGACAAAUCCAAGAAUCUAUCGCACACUCAUGGCCGAGAUUGACCAAGCUUUGGCGCAAGGAAAGAUUCCCGCAGGGGCAACAGAUAUCGUUACAGAGGCUCAAGCAAAGCAGCUGCCAUAUCUUCAAGCCUGUAUCAAGGAGGGGCUCCGUUGGUACCCUCCUGUGACCGGUGAGCUAUCCAAGAAGACUCCUCCUCAAGGCGACACGAUAUGUGGCUACGUCGUACCUGGUGGAAUCAAAGUUGGGCAAGACUUGAUCGCAAUCCAUCGUAACCCGAAGCUCUUCGCACCAGAUCCCGACUCGUUCCGCCCCGAGCGCUGGAUCCUUGCUUCUGAUCCGCAUGGCCACGAGUCCUCAGCCGAGAAGCUCAAGGAAAUGGAACGCAACAACGACCUUGUAUUCGGCUAUGGCAAGUAUCAAUGCCUGGGCAAGCCGGUUGCGUUUAUGGAACUGAACAAGGUGUUUGUGGAACUGUUGAGGAGGUUUGAGGUCGAGGCUAAAGACCCGCUGCAUCUGUGGGAUACCCGCUGUUGUGGGACGCAUCAGCAGAAGGACAUGUGGGUGGUUGUGCGUAAGAGGUCUGUGUAG